AACCCAAGCAAACUAAUUGCCAUUGCUCCACAAACUUUCAAAUCCCCAACUUCAUCUUCCUUAGCUUCUUCUUCAUUUCUCAAUUCCUCUCUGCUUAAUUAAUUACUCACUCACUUCCUCUCUCCUCUGUUUCUCUUCUAUAUAUCCAAAAUUCUAAACCACUUCUCUACCCUACUUGGAUUUCAAUCAUCAAUUAAAAGCUUUCAACAAACUCCUCCUCUCUCCAUAUUCACACACACAUAUAUAUAUAUAUAUAUAUAUAAUUUCAUGAAGACGACACACCAACAGGAACCGCCGAUUUCUGCUCCCCAGAUCCCCUCGGCGGAGCUUGACCAGAAGGAUGUCCAACCUCACUCAAUCGCCGCCGUCGCCGCUUCCCCGUUGAAACCGUCCAUCGUUUCCGAUUCCGACCACCAGGCACACCAACAGGAACCGCGGAUUUCUGCUUCCCAGAUCCACUCGACGGAGUUUGAGCAGAAGGAAUUCCAACCUCAGUCAAUCGCCGCUGCGCCUCACUGUAACGGUGCCAAGGAGGAACCCCUCAUCGUUUCCGAUUCCGACCACCAGAAAUUGAGGACUUCGCCAGCCAGACAAGCUUCUGUUUCAAUGGGAGAGAUAAAUCGUGCAGAGUACGUUUCGGUUGGCGAAUCACCUUCUCCUCCAGUCGUCAGUAAUGCAAAGAAAGUUUCUGUAUUACCACUUGUGUUUCUCAUUUUCUAUGAGGUUUCAGGGGGUCCAUUUGGAGUUGAGGAUAGUGUUGGGGCAGCUGGUCCUUUGUUGGCUCUUCUUGGAUUCUUGGUUUUUCCACUUAUAUGGAGUAUUCCUGAGGCAUUGAUUACUGCUGAGAUGGGGACUAUGUUCCCCGAAAAUGGUGGUUAUGUUGUUUGGGUUUCUUCUGCAUUAGGUCCAUUUUGGGGAUUUCAACAGGGUUGGAUGAAAUGGCUUAGUGGAGUUAUUGAUAAUGCUUUAUAUCCUGUCUUGUUUCUUGAUUAUUUGAAGUCAGAGAUCCCAGCUCUUGGUGGAGGUCUUCCAAGAGUUGCUGCAGUCUUGGCUUUGACAGUGAUCCUCACUUACAUGAAUUAUAGAGGAUUAACAAUUGUUGGUUGGGUUGCUGUAAUCCUUGGUGUUUUCUCAAUCCUUCCUUUUGCAGUUAUGGGACUUGUGUCUAUUCCCAAGCUACGGCCGGCUAGAUGGGUUGUAGUGAACCUAAAGGAUGUUGACUGGAAUCUGUAUUUGAACACUCUUUUUUGGAAUUUGAAUUAUUGGGAUUCUAUUAGCACAUUGGCUGGAGAAGUGGAAAAUCCAAACAAAACCCUCCCCAAAGCACUUUUUUAUGCCUUGAUUUUGGUUGUUCUUAGUUACUUUUUGCCUCUUUUAAGUGGGACAGGAGCCAUUGCGCUUAAUCGCGAACUGUGGACCGAUGGCUAUUUCUCUGAUGUUGCUAAAAUUAUUGGAGGGGCUUGGUUGGGUUGGUGGAUCCAAGGGGCUGCUGCAAUGUCGAAUAUGGGAAUGUUUGUGGCUGAGAUGAGCAGCGAUUCUUUCCAACUUCUUGGAAUGGCAGAACGUGGUAUGUUACCAGAGUUCUUCAGCAAACGAUCUCGUCAUGGGACACCAUUGAUUGGGAUACUAUUCUCAGCCUCAGGUGUUGUUUUGCUUUCUUGGUUAAGCUUUCAAGAAAUUGUGGCGGCAGAAAACUUCUUGUACUGCUUUGGAAUGAUUCUGGAAUUCUUAGCUUUUAUCAAGCUAAGGAUUAAACAUCCAGCUGCAUCUCGGCCAUACAAGAUUCCUGUGGGAACCGCUGGAUCAAUCCUGAUGUGUAUUCCUCCAACAAUAUUAAUAUGCAUAGUGUUGGCUCUUUCAACAGUAAAAGUGAUGAUUGUGAGUCUAGCCGCUGUGGCAAUUGGCUUAUUGUUGCAGCCCGGUCUCAAGUAUGUUGAAAAGAAGAGAUGGCUCAAAUUCUCUGUUAGUGCUGACCUCCCUGAUCUCCAUUUUGCCAACCGAGACCGGCCAGACACCUUAGUAUAUUAACAGGACUUCACUGAUCAUUUGGUUUCAAAGAAAGGAAGACUCACGCAGAGACGAUAAAUGGCGCAUUGGAGAUCAAUAUCAGUUGAUUCAAUGGCAAACUGAAGAUCUUGUAAGUUCUUUCUGUUUGAUAUGUGCUUAAGUUGUAGCAUAAUCACAUUUAUCAUCCUAGUUUUAGAAUGAUAUUGAUGAUAAAUAUAAAAAUGAAAAAGAAGCAAUCUCAGUUCCUUAAAUCAAGCAUCAAUUAGUAACACUGCUUGUUGAGAUGUCUUAUGGGUUAACGUUCGAAUUCAACAAUCCACUGUCCUUAAACUAUUCCACUAAAAUGUCCAUCUCUCUCUGACUAAACAACUUCUCGGACCAAACAACCUUACUCUUAUGCCGAAAGCACCAAGGUGAUAAUUGGUGUGUUGGCUCUGUAGUGUCACGUGAAGUAACUAUGGUCAUCCUAAUCCCAUUGAAUAAUAUACAUUGCUUAUUCUUUCAAAA